AUGCCAAAUUACUACACCUAUCAAAAUCCUUACCCUUCUGCCUUGAAUAAUACGCAAUCCGGCCACUGGGAAAAUCCAGCUGACUGGCCACGAACCUUUCUAUACGUAUCUGCUUACGACGGCGCGCAACAGGGAAUUCAUCCACCAGCUCCUGUCUAUCAAUCGAACCAACCUGCACAGCAAGCCAUGUACUACUUUCAAGGUAGCUCGUCCUCCCCAGCAGGUUAUUACCUCAACGGUCUCUACUAUGGCACCAGCCCUCCAACAAGUUACGGUUCGACACCCUACACCUGUUAUCCUUAUCCCACCGCCCCUGCUUCAGCGUCCGCAUACCCAAUGUAUGGUUAUGGUUACUCACCGUAUCAUGCAGCACCAAACUCGAUCCCGUACGCCUCCUAUGCCCCGUGGACUCAGACCGCAGCACCUGCUCAAGCCGCCGCAGCUGUAGCCGCCAAUGCCGCCCUCGCACAAAUGCCGAACGCACCAGCUUACUUCGUCGGUUCCACCAGCGCAGAGAUCCAGGCUCAGAAUGCAAUCUACAUGGCUCACAUGGCUGCAAGUCAAUCCCAACCGACUAUGCUUGCGCCAUACAAGCCAGGCUCUAGCCCACAGUUCUGGUGCAAGGAGUUGGAUGGUAGUUGGACAUUGAGGGAGUACGGUGACACGAUGAAGGGCGACUUUCCAGCAGGACAUUGGGAGCGUCAUCAGACCAGCGGAUACUACUACUACGUGCGCCAUUCUUCAUGA